AUAAUGUCGAGCCUAAUUUGACUCUUCAGCGUAGGGUUCAGUUUCGGCGAAAGAGAGCAAAACGUUGCUCGAGGAUGGAGAAAGGAGGGGAAGCAGGAGAGUAUCAUUCAAAGGAUUUCGAAUGGGAGUUUGUGAAGAAUUUGGUCGAGAAUGAUCCUUCUCUCUCCCACCAUCUACAAGAACCACAUCUAGUAGAUUCCUCCUCCUCCUUCUCCUCUUCUGUUUCGAAGCCAUGGCAAGAUUUCCACUCCCGUCACUCCUCUGGAAAGUUCUUCAAGGAAAGAAGAUAUCUGUUGAAGGAAUUUCCUGAGUUAGUUUUAUGUGGCGAAAACACUAAACUCUUGGAAGUCGGUUGCGGUAAUGGGAGUACUGUCCUUCCAGUUUUACGUGGAAGCAAGAACAUUACCGUAUACGCUUGCGAUUGUAGCAGUGAGGCCCUCGUUAGGACUAAAGAGAACAUUAAUCGCGCUAUUGCUACAGUUGAUAACUUCCAUUCUUUCACUUGUGACUUUUCAACGUCUGCAUUCCCAAAUUGGUUGGCGUGUCAUCAUUGUCGACACAACAAACAUUGCCACCAUUCAGGGGAGAGUGAUGAUACUUCUUUGAAUGAGCAUUGCAUCGGUGGAGUGGAUUUUGUCACUCUGAUUUUCACAUUGUCGGCAGUGCCUAAAGAAAGGAUGCCGAGAGCUAUCAAAGAAUGCUUUGCUGUGCUGAAACCUGGUGGUCUGCUCUUGUUCAGAGAUUACGGCUUAUAUGACAUGACUAUGCUGCGGUUUGAGCCAGAGAAAUGUAUUGGGUUUAGGGAAUACGUGCGGUCAGAUGGAACCCUUUCCUAUUUCUUUUGUCUCGACACUGUUAAAAGACUAUUUACAGAUGCCGGAUUCAUCGAGGUCGAGCUUGAAAAUUGUUGUGUCAAAGCAGUAAACCGGAGAAAGAAUAAGAAUAUGUACAGAAUUUGGGUUCAUGGGAAAUUCCAAAAGCCAUUUCUAAAAUAAAAAAUGAAAGGCAAGUGCUGGUCCAGUGCCAAAUGGCUUAAAAGUUUAUUUAUUUUUUAACAUGUCAAACUCUAUUGCAGCAUUUUCGUACUUGGUGUUUCUCCAAAUCUUUUCUAGCUC